GCAAAGCCUUUGAUUCUUAUUCCCGAUUUUCAGCGGACGUGGAUCAUUUCUUAUAACAGUGUCAAUAUCGACACCUUCCAACACCCAGUCUUACCACACCAAGCAUUCAGUACCGGAUUCAGUUUGUCUCGCCCACAAUGACGGAUCGAAGGCCCAUCCUCACUCUCCCACUCCCAGCUCGGGAUCCUUUUGAAUCUCAACGACCUGGUUCAUCACUUCAAAGCCCAUCAAUACGCAGCCCUCGGUUUCAUGAAGACUUCGAUGCACCUUUCUCGUUGGACAUCAUGAACGCCUCGAGAACAACUCUUGCAACCGACACCAUGAGUUAUCCUUCAACGGGCACAACUAGCCGUAACAGUUUUGGCUGUGAUGGUGACCGACCGCCACCCCUUCAAUAUCGCAAUGCUUCCUGGGAGUCAGAGACCAAGCGUCGGUCAAAGGUCAAUGAUCGCAUCCUGGAGUGGGCAAAGAGAUCAUGGGGAGCUGUUCGCACGCGGUCCAACUCCAAGGAUGACCCCAAGGACGACUAUUUUGAGGGUCACUCAGCCCAGAGCCCAACAAGCGAUAUGACGUCGCCUUCAUCAGAUAACAUUACACCCUCGGAGCCCGAUGGCGGCCGAACAGCCCACGACAAUCAAGUUUUUGCUGUCACUAGGUUGCCAAGUUCGAAGGCAGGGUCGAAGUGAUGCGUUGAGAUGGACUUCAAAUACCCUUAUCCUAAUUAUUAAUGAGGUGGGAAGGCUAGUAACGAAUAAUGUCGGCGUUAGGAGGCACUUUGU